GUAAAUAUUAUAUUUAAAUCAAGUACGGUGGCCCAUUGAUUUCCCAACCAUUCAAUGCUUUAGUGGUUUUCAGGUCAACCCGUAGUUCAAUUUUGCUACGCUCUCUGGAAGCCUCUCCAUUGUUGAUAGCAGUCCGUGUGCGCACAGAAGUUGUUCCUUCAGGCAAUCGGAUCUCCGGUGACACCCAACGAAGAACCCAGCUAAAACCCAUGGCGCUACUUCAGACUCCGGGUAACGGCGGGCCCUUGUUCGCCGAGGUCGAUAUGGGCGCCGAGGCCUCAGCCACCACCGUCCGUGCCACCGUCGUACAAGCCUCCACUGUCUUUUACGACACCCCCGCCACUCUAGAUAAGGCUGAGAGAUUGCUAGCAGAAGCAGCCUCAUACGGAUCACAGCUUGUUUUGUUUCCGGAAGCAUUUGUUGGUGGUUACCCACGAGGAUCAACUUUUGGUGUUGCAGUUGGUACUCGUUCAGUAAAGGGUAAAGAGGAAUUCCGGAAGUAUUAUGCUGCAGCCAUUGAUGUGCCUGGUCCUGAAGUUGACAGAUUAGCUGCAAUGGCCGGAAAGUAUAAGGUAUAUUUAGUGAUUGGCGUGAUAGAGAGAGACAGAUAUACUCUCUAUUGUACAGUUCUGUUUUUUGAUGCUCAAGGUCAUUAUCUUGGAAAACAUCGGAAAGUUAUGCCAACAGCAAUGGAGCGUGUAAUUUGGGGGUUUGGAGAUGGGUCAACUAUUCCAGUUUAUGAAACUCCUGUCGGAAAAAUAGGUGCUGCAAUUUGCUGGGAAAAUAGAAUGCCACUUCUAAGAACAGCACUGUAUGCUAAAGGCAUUGAAAUAUAUUGUGCACCUACUGCUGAUGCGAGGGAAACAUGGCAAGCAUCAAUGACUCAUAUUGCUCUUGAGGGUGGAUGUUUCGUGUUAUCUGCAAACCAAUUCUGUCGAAGAAAAGACUACCCACCUGCCCCUGAAUAUGUGUUUUCUGGCACAGAAGACGAUUUAACACCAGAUUCUGUUGUCUGUGCUGGGGGUAGUGUUAUUAUUUCUCCAUCAGGGACUGUUCUAGCAGGACCUAAUUAUGAGAGUGAGGCACUCAUCUCAGCGGAUUUAGAUCUUGGAGAAAUAACAAAGGAAAAGUUUGCUUUUGAUGUGGUUGGGCAUUAUUCAAGACCCGAAGUCCUUAGCUUAAUUGUAAGGGAUCAUCCUGUGAGUCCCGCCACUUUCACAUCUGCAGCUGUACGAACAGAUGGCUCUCAGAAGGAGGAGUCGAGAUCUUUCCAUCAACAAACAAUUUGAUUUAUGCAUGCAAAAAUGUGUCCUCUACAACAAUAAAAACUUUACAGGUUGCUCUGUUACACCAUCUUCUUCACAUUAUCAGAUGAAUGGCUAUUGUUGUAUCGUGUUGUAUUGAUGAAUUUGCUCUGGCAUUGACAUCGUGUUUAAGUUGAUAUACCUAAAAUAUGUUGUUAACUGUUUCAACUGAAAAGCCAAUAUGGCUAUGUAUUUAUGAUCCUGUUGUUGAAAUUGAUGUGCCAUAUGAAACUGCAUCUCUUGUUUAUUUUAACAAA